GCUUAAGCUUCCUUAGGGUUUUAAAAGGAAUAAGCCGAAGUUAGGGCAAAGGAUCGAAGUUAUUAAGAUCUGCAUGACAGAUGCUUUACCAAGUGUAUCAGAAAGUCUUUAGUGCAGUGCCUUCAAAUUUUUAGAAAUCAUUAGGGAAGAGGAUUGAAGGUAAUGGAGGUUUAAAAUAAAGUACUGAAGCGUUUUUUGGCAUGUUGUGUAUUCCUUGGUCUUGAAAUUUUUUUCCCGUGCUUAUCUGGUGUGCACCUUGAAUAAUUUCGACCGGGAAAAAGGCUCAUAAAGAUAUAGAUAAUCUAAAACUAAAUAAUAAGAGAAAAGACAAGAGAGGGAGGGAGUCAAGAAGUUAAUACUGCCCUCACCUAAAACCAGAAGAUUAAGUUAUUGACUUAUUCAAUUAAAAAGGAAUAUGCGAAAUAUACUCUUUCUAGUCCUAUGCUGCGAAAUGUCAUUGAUGUGAUACACUUCUCAUACGGAUGUUAGAAUUCCUCUGAUAUACCAUUGUGAAGCCAUUGUGUGACCAUUGUGUAUCUUUAUUUUCAAACAUGAGAGAACAAGCUAAAUAAAUAAAAAUAAAAAACGAAAGCCUUUAACCCAGUAUAGUUAUUCAAGUCGGAUACACGCUAACAGUGUCCAGUCGGGAUGUUUCAUCCGCUUGGACAGCCUCUGGGGAGUCCCUGUUGAAUUUCCUUCGAGUACCAGUAACCAUGCCUACAUGUCUCUGUUGGUGGUGGAAAGGUGUGCAGGCGCUUGGCUUCACCAUAAAUGGUUAUUAGUCCGCGGUACCACGAAGAGUUAGCCCGCAUAUACAGCAGUGGCUUUGAAAUCAUUGAAGUCAUUCUUUUCUAAUAAUCCAUUUCUCAAUUUUUUUCAUAUGGUUGGCUUUACAGUGAAUAUGUUGCUAUCUUUAUACAUUAUCGUUGAUAUUGUUGGCAAUUUUUUUUUGGUUUGUUGUAAUCGACCCGUACUAGCUCUAGGGGAAUACUUUAAUUUUGAAAAUCCGAAGGCGUCCCCCAUGUACAAUGGGUACUAAGACAUUGCACAUUACAGUCCAUUUUGUUGGACCCACUCUCAGUCAAUACUCUUUUGUUUAUUGUUAAUCAAAAAGUAUCAUUUGACAUGCAUUUUAAAAGCGGUUUACUAAUGGAUAGUUGAAAUUCAAGCAUUGCAAAAUACCAUGUUAUAUUAUCAAUUAUGUAAUCAUUUUUAAAUAUAGAUGUAUCGCGUCAAUAUCCCAAGACAGAUACGUUUUUCAUUAUAAUAGAUCUGCAGGCAAAUUCGAAGCAAAUACUUUGAAAUACAUCAAUUUGUUGCAUGUACUUAGUUAUGGUUACCACUUGUAACUAAUGCUUAGGUAUUAUUGGUUUAAGUGGUGGUUAUAUUAUUAUUAUUCUCUUAAACUUUUCAACUAAUUGUUUGUCGUCUCAAAUUAACUGAAAACCAUUGACACUGUAGAGUAAUAGUCAGAAAGGACACAUAGGAUAAGAGCCGCAUACUAUAUUUACAUGUUUUCAUAUGGCAGUUGUCUUUCCCACUGAAAAUGAUAAGAGGAUUUUACUUGAUUAUAUUAAACGGUUUCAUUUUAAACAUGAAGAUGGUGAAGGGGCUAUAACCGUCGACAUAAGUGGAAAUUUUUUCCAAGCAGAGGAUAUUAGAAACCUUGAGUGCGCCUGCGAUUCUGUACUUCUGAAUAUGAGAAAGAUCAGCACAUUUUUUACAGCAGGUAAACCCCUUGUAUCGCGGGAAAUACACGAUUCUUUAGAUGUUGAAGAUGUAGAACCAUUCCCAUCAGUAUCAAUUAUGGAUGCUUUUUCACGGCAGAGCCCAUCAGUUUUCUUCAAUGAAUAUAGAGAAUCAGUGGAAAUCAUGAAGACUGAACUUUUGAAUUCAAGGGAUACCAUGAAGAGAAUAAACGCCGCAAACGCUUUCAUUUGGACAACGAAUGUUUCAAGGCUUCAACAAUGGUUUUGCAGUGUUCCACAUCAAGACACACAAAUCUUAACUUCCAAAAUGCGGACAAAAGUUGCUAAAGAGAGUAUGCUAGAAAGCAAUAGUUAUGUGCAUCGCACAAGUCAAUGCAGAGACAACUCAACAAUUGAAGGUCACCAUGUUGGUCACGGGGCAAAUGGAUAUUUAAGCGACACUUUUUUGCUUUCCCUGAAAGCCGAGAAGCUUCCCUCUGAAAUCGUUAAAAGUAGCUAUGCGAAGUUCAUUCAAGCAUGCGCGUCUUUGAUAAGCUGGUUAAACAGUGUGCUUGACAUACUUAACGGCGUGUAUGACAUUCCAAAACCAGGAAAAUUUCCUAUACCAGAGGCUCAGUCACAUGAACCUGACGCUCCAAAUGGAGGUCAGCUUGCAGAUUCAAUUUCUCAGAUCUCAACUCGCCGUACUCAUACAGUUACUGUGCGCUGCUUUGAGAUACAUGAUGCAUACCAAAUUUAUGCCCUUAUCGUUGAACAGGCUGCGUACUUUUUCCAACCAGCGUGUACACAGUACGAUGCUCGUGUACAGCGUCGUUUGCUUCAAUCAUCAUAUUUCCACUCAGUGCGAGAAUUGAUUGAUGAGCUCACCAUUGAGAUCAACCGGUUGAAGAAGAUCGCACGGCAAAAGCCUUUCGCCAUAACUACAAAUCCAAAUUUAAUACCAUACAAUCUUUAUACACAACGAAAUGACACUCAAUAUUCAAACCUUGGGGAACAGGUUCAAGUAUUUUUUCGCCCGCCCUUGAGCUACUUUUACUUUCUGCGUGCUUCAUUGCAGCUUUACUUAAGUAUAUGUCUCAACGAGGACGAUCUCACGUCGCUUUCUUUCUUUCAGCAUUUAUACAAAAAUUUCUUGGCAGAAGCAAGGGAUGUUAUCCAUAACUUGCAGCGAUUACCAGGGCCAUCCUUGGGCUUAUCUCAUAAGCCUAAGGUUUCCCAUAACGCAUCUAUUUUCUUAUCCACUGAGAGCGAAGAAAAUAGUUCCUCGCGAAUGGUUACGCGGGAUCAGUCGCAUUAUCUCAGCGACUGUGGAGGCCAACACUCCUCCUUGGAUUGGAUGCCCUCAGUAGAGGAGCGGGGUCAGCUGUACGCCGAGUUUGAGGCCUAUUGGACUGUGUACGAAAAGGUUCUUUCUUUAAGACGAAUUUUAGAGAAGGAUAUUCGUUCAAAAGAUUCAACACAUCGCACGCGGAUGUUGGCCUCGUCCGUUCAAGAUGAAAGGGGUCCUGCUUUCUUGGAAGCCGAGCAAAGGUUGAACGCGUUAGGAAAUAAAGGGGAUCAGCAGCCUGCAUCCUUUUGGACUACUACAAAAAAUUCCCUUGGGGUUCUUUCUCGUAUUCUAACGUGCCAGGCUGAAGUAGAUUUUAAUCUGUACGAUCAGUUUGUUGGGAACGUUGAUGGUGAAGGAACUCCAAUGACAGCCACUUCCCCGUAUCACGACGAAAAAACAGAAAUUUUAAAAAAUGUAACUCAACUUUGGAAAGCUAUUGAAAUACAAGGAGCUCAACUAGAGAAAAAGUAUCCAAACCACUUUUUCAUUAGAAGUAAGUCAAGAUGGUCUAAAUUCUUUAAGGGGUUUGCGAAAAAGGUGGAAACCGUAAGUGUAGUGUUUGAAACUUAA